AUGGGGGAAUCAGUAGAGUACCAAAACACGUGGAACAAACAAGAGAAAGUGAUCAUCGAAAAGAUGCGAGGGAUAUAUCAAACAGCUAUAUCUAAGUUUCCAAAGAAUGAGGAAUUGAUGAGAAGGUAUAACAACUUUUUGAGAGGGAUUAAUGACCAAGAGAACGAACGCGCGUUACUCAAUUUGGCGUUGCAACUUAUGCCCGAUAAGAAGAGUGAUGUGUGGAAGAUGUUUCACGAGUUUGAAGAGAGAUGCGGGAACGUGCAGAGUAUGAUGGAGUUUGAAGAAAGACACAUGACUGCGACAAUUGACGAGAACUCGUCGAACGAUAUCCACUUUACUUUUCUAUGGGUGAAGGAUAUGUUUACUUUUUUGGAUCUGAAGCCUUACUCGGCUAAGGAUGAUAUGGAAUAUGACACGAUGGAGAAUUACUAUAAGAACCUUGGGAAAGAUGCCCAGAAAGAUAAACAGAAACACACGACCCAAAGUGAAGGGUAUGACAAACUUAAUCAAUUUAUCAAUGUUUUACCCCUGAAUUACAAUGGAGCGAAAGUCAAUGUGGACGGACUAGUUGACAUCUUUGCCACUAUGAUGGACGAGUUGUAA